GGCGGCGGCGGCUGGCCCGCAGGGGCCUUCGGCCGGGAGGGGUGCCCCUGGCGAACGCCUGCUGGCAGGGCCGCCCCCCCCUCUCGCCCCUCUCCCCCGCCCUCUCCCCCGCCCCGCUUCGGCCGCGACGGAACCGCAGCCCCACGCCUGCGCGGCGAGACGGCCCGCCAGGCACUGCGGCGGCCGCCAAUAUGGAGGCCAGCGAAGACCCCUCCGGCCCGAGGAACGGCGGCGGCGGGGGGGCGGAGGCGCGCACGCCGCGUGGCGGGGCGGGAGCGGGGGCGCGCACGCCGGGCGCGGGUGGACGGGACGUGCGCGUGGCCGCGGCCGUUGCUAAGCGGCUGUGUUCCGGCCGCCGUAGCUCAAGACCAAAGGAAAGAGGAACGUACUAAAAUGUCACCUGAAGUUGCCUUGAACAGAAUUUCUCCAGCGCUCUCGCCCUUCAUUUCCAGUGUGGUCAGAAAUGGAAAAGUAGGACUGGAUGCUACUAAUUGUUUACGGAUUACAGACUUGAAAUCUGGCUGUACAUCCUUGACCCCUGGACCUAGCUGUGACCGGUUUAAGCUACAUAUCCCGUAUGCUGGAGAAACACUCAAAUGGGAUAUAAUUUUCAAUGCUCACUAUCCUGACCUGCCACCAGAUUUUAUCUUUGGAGAGGAUGCUGAAUUUUUGCCAGAUCCUUCUGCCUUGCAUAAUUUAGCUUCUUGGAAUCCUUCAAACCCUGAAUGCCUCCUGCUUGUUGUGAAAGAGCUUGUGCAGCAGUAUCACCAGUUUCAGUGCAGCCGAUUACGUGAGAGCUCUCGUCUCAUGUUUGAAUAUCAGACUUUACUUGAAGAGCCCCAGUACGGAGAAAACAUGGAAAUCUAUGCUGGCAAAAAAAACAACUGGACUGGAGAAUUCUCAGCUCGCUUCCUCUUGAAGUUGCCUGUAGAUUUCAGCAAUAUUCCUACAUACCUUCUCAAGGAUGUGAAUGAAGAUCCUGGAGAAGAUGUUGCACUUCUCUCCGUUAGUUUUGAGGAUGCGGAAGCUACUCAGGUUUUUCCUAAGCUGUACCUCUCCCCACGUAUUGAACAUGCGCUUGGAGGAUCAUCUGCCCUUCACAUCCCAGCCUUUCCUGGUGGAGGUUGUCUUAUCGACUACGUACCCCAAGUAUGCCAGCUGCUAACAAACAAGGUACAAUAUGUUAUUCAGGGAUACCAUAAGAGAAGAGAGUAUAUCGCAGCUUUCCUGAGUCACUUUGGAACUGGUGUGGUGGAAUAUGAUGCAGAAGGCUUCACAAAGCUCACUCUGUUGCUGAUGUGGAAAGAUUUUUGCUUCCUUGUUCACAUUGACCUACCCCUGUACUUUCCUCGAGAUCAACCAACCCUAACAUUUCAGUCCGUCUACCACUUCACUAACAGUGGCCAGCUGUACUCCCAGGCCCAGAAGAAUUACCCUUACAGCCCCCGCUGGGAUGGCAAUGAAAUGGCCAAAAGAGCAAAGGCAUAUUUCAAAACGUUUGUCCCUCAGUUCCAGGAGGCAGCAUUUGCUAAUGGGAAGCUUUAGGCAGCCUUGGGCAUGGAGAUAAUACUGGACAGAUCCUUCAGUCUGCGUGUGUCAGCCCACAAGAAGAAUGCCUGGAAAUGGGUUGGACCGUCUUGAUAGGUGCUUUCUUGCUUCUGAAAUGGUUUUGGUAGCUUCAUUUUUUGUCAGAUUUCUGAAACAGAGACCUCACUAGCAUGCUUAAAACUGAAUAUUUGAUAUUCGUCCUGUCCCUUUGCCUCUGCCACCACCAUUCCUUUAUAUAUCUACUGGAUUAAAUUUAAAAGGGCGUGUUUUGAUGUGAUAACAUUUUCUUGUGCCAACAACAUCCUCUAUGUUAUGCCUUGUUUCCUUGUCUUCAGAUAGUGUAAAUUAGAUAUUUUUUUUUUCCCCAUGGAAAUACAAUCUAAUUUGUAAUUUAGUUAGUAUUUUCAGCUUAUCCUAAAAAAUAUAAAACUGCCGUAUAUACCAGGAAUGCCUAAUGGACUGUACAGUGCCAUAUUCUGCCUUGGAGGUUUGUGUCUCGCUGUCGUUGUUACUCUCACAGGUAUGGAUAUGAGUUGCACAGUUCAAUUCUCAGUGCCUUUCAAGUUGGUCUGAUAUUAGUGUGGCAGGGUGUUGGAGAUUUUUUUUUUAAUAUUUCAGUUGAAAGCUCAUCUUUUAUGAAAUGCUAUUCUUUUAUGCUUUGUUUUUAUUUCCAGUUGUACAGUUCUGGUGUUUUUCUAACGAACUCCCCUUGCCAUUAUGAAAAGGUUCUACUUCUUUAGUACCAAUGUAACAAGAAUAUAUGUGUUAGUACCAAUAUAACAAAUAUAGUACUAAUAUAUUAGUACCAAUGUAAUGAAAUAAAGCUCUUUCAUAGACCUGUAAUUUUUCCAGGUAAGAUAAAUACUGCUAAGAAGCAAACUUUCAACAAAGGAAUGAAUGAUGUCUUGGAAAACAACUGAUGAAAGAAUGUAGGGCUAUAGGUAUUUAGCUUAAUGCUUAAGUUCAACAUGUCUUCUCAGAAAUAAUUUUAAGUGUAUAUAAGUGGAAAUAUUACAUUCCCUAAUUCUGAAAUGCCAAAUGCAAAAUCCCACCUGUUCAUCCUUUCUUUCAUGCUUGUGUCAGGCACACCAUUUGGGGCUAAGUGUCAUGAUGUCACUUCCCAAAUUAAUUUGUAAAUAGACCAGGGUACUUUCCAGUAAGGAAUAAAAUUAACAGUCUAUGUUGCUUAUAAAUGGCAUAUGGAAAAUGUGCCCUACUUCUGCUAAAUAUAAGGAACUAAAUGAAUAGUAUGCAGAUGAUACAAUGGCACUGGAAGACAUUUAAUUUGAAAUUAUUCACUAUAGCACCACUAUCUGCAUAUGCAAUGAAAUAUCAUCAAAUUACUUGAUUGGCAGUAUUCUCCUACCCUUUCUAAAACUUGUUAUUUUAGAUUAAAAAUAGUGCUUCCCGUGGGAAUGUCCACCUAGAAAAUGUGGAUGGGUUUUGAGCAAUGAAGCUUAAUAAUUAAGAAUUAUGCAAAUAAUUUGCCUCUAGAAACAACAGGUAUUUUUAGCUAGUUGAUAGGCAAAAUUUUGGUUUAUGUUUAAUACUGAAGGUCUUGGCUGGAAAUUAAGCUGCAAACAAAAUCAGAUGCCUUAUUGCAACUCUACAGAGAAGGGGGCAUAUUUUGUCCUGUGACCCAUCCCCUUGUGACUCUUGCUGCAUUAUCUGAGGGCUGUAAACAGCUCCAAAGGUCUGAGCCCUAUUUCCCUUGAUGGAGGCAUUGCAUUAGGCUUUUGCAUGCAAACCAAGACUUAGAGCAGAUGUGAGGGAUAAUGGUUUAUGUGAAUAGCAAAGCCACACACACAUAUUCAAGAAUAAGCUAACUCUUGUGAAUGGGGUGGGAGGAGGAUAGCUAAUGAAAAACAUUUGUUCUCAUAGUGUUCAAAAUCUGAUAGAAACAAUCUCUAGCCAUGUUCAAAAGGUAAAAACCAAACCAUCAAGUUGCAUCAGUAGAUUCCUGGAGUCUUACAUUUUAUACCCUUGUGUUUGAUUCAGUGUUGUAGUGAUUGCCUCAUGACAUGGUGUUUGCUUUAUAUACCUGAUUGUCCAAGUGGCACCAGUUGGGUUUUUUUAUCUUUUCAGAAGUUACCAUGAUUCAAAGGCUAGCAAUUGCAAUAUGUUUCAAGAAGAGGUCCAAUCUUCAUAAUUAAUAAGCAUUUUCAACCAAAAAUGCAUUACCUCAGUCCUAGUAAUUUUGGACAAAGGACUGCUUUAUUAUCAAAGGACUAAGAGUUUUAGAAGCCAUGUAAGAAAAGUCUUUGAGGAUAUAGAAAGCCUAAACCAGCAAUUCCUUAUGUUGAAUUCAAUAGUUUAACCAACUUUUCACUAGCAUAUAUGGAAAUGAAGCAAUGGUUUCAGUCUAGUUUUGCAUCAUGCUACAGCUGAUAGUAUUUUGAAAAAAGAAAAGAAAAAGGUAGAAAGGUUUAGAAACCAAUUUGUUUGCGUUUAAGAUAAAGUCUGCAAGCCUAUCAAAUUUUAGAUUAGAAGAAAAGGCAUUUUUCUUACACUUAAUGAACAUUUUCUUUUUUUCAAAGCCACCCUGUACUCUUUGACCUGCACAGUAUUUUAUAGAGCCCUUCCCGAUAGUUCUCAGAAGAAGGUAUUGGGGGUUUUAGCACUACAAAUGGGGUACUGGGAGGAGAAACAUGGAAACGAGUGAACUCUUCUCUCCAGAAGGAGGAUUACCGUAUAAAUACUACAUUGGAAAAGAGAGUUAGUUUGAAUAUUUUUAUAUCAAAUCAAGUAUUUGUUGAAGGCAUUUAAAUUAGUCACAAAAGUUAUAAUCUAGUAAGUUGGAGUCGUUUCUCUUAUCUCCUGUUUUGUGAUAAUAUCCAUUGUGGCCAGUUUAAUGGCAAUGAGACUUUCAGCACUUUCUUUCCUAUUAUGCGAUAUAAGCAAUUGAAAGGAGCAGUCAGACCUAGGCUAGUUCCUUUGGUUUAUGAGAACCACAAAACAGGGGAAAAACAGCAAUGCUACAAACAUAUCAAAAAGUCUAAAUUCUACUCUGUCAUAAUUUUGAUUGAAAGAAUACAGUAAAUCUCUAGUUACUAUGCCCCAUUAAUGCACAAUUUUCCAAAGGUCCUUAAAGUGCAAACUUACAGUCAAGCAUUUAUUCAUCUGCAUAUGUAAUCCACUGUGCUAGAAGCAAUACAUCUUUCAGAUUCAAAUUUAGACUUUCUGUGAAGUUGCUGGAGAGACUGGACAAACAGCUGGAAGAAUAAAUAAAAGUUAACUAUAUCAUA